AUGAAAAUGCAGUCCCUCGAUUUUCAGCUUCAGUUAACAAAAUUAGCCGCACAAAAAUUAGCACAGUCAAUCAUUGCAACCCAAAUGUACAAUGUUCCUUCUCUUCUGCCAUCUACUCUUUUGGCAUCUCAACAGCCGAAUAACACUUCGGAAAGUCUAUCGCGAAAGAGAAGGCGAAAUGACAGCCAAGGAUUUGAUGAUGUUGAGAAAAGCUCACAGUCUGACUCCAGUGAUUCUUAUAUAGGUGGACCUUCUGAAGGAGAUUUCAGUAAAACCAAUGACAUAAUUGUUCCCAGUAGCGAUCGUGAAGGAUGGUGUAGGAAUAAAAAGUACAUCGAACAAGUAAAGAAUGGCUUUAUGUGUACAGUGUGCAAAAAAAUUUAUGGCCGAUACAACUCUGUAUCAUAUCACGUAACUAUCUAUCAUCGUAACCCACCUAUAAAAUGCGAUAUCGACGGCUGCCAGUUCAGCACCCGCGAAGCAAGAUACAUCCAUUUUCACAAAUUUUAUCGCCAUCAUAUUCCGCUGCCAAACACGAUUGAUCUCGGCUGUCGUAAAUGCCCUUACUGCACACAUGUAUCAAAAAGCCCAGCAAUGUUAGAAAAGCACAUCAGUAGGCAUUUGACUGAGGGAAAUAGAGGUAUCAGUCCAGUGCUGCACCCACAAUGUGAUAAAGAAACGUCAGAAGAAAAUAACUUGCUCGACCAUUUGCUGGAGCAACAGCAUCAACAGGAUAACAAUAUUCCUGGUUUUUCAUGUCCGCACUGCAGCUAUCGCAGUCAGUCUGAAACUUCAUUGCGCCAACAUUUACUGUUCAAACACAGUGACGAUACAUUUGAAAGAAAGCUUUCCUGUGAAGUUUGUCAGUACGUUUGUGCAGAGUCAAAAAUGCAGACUCAUUACAAGGAAAGACAUUCAAAAAGCACACAAGGAACUGACGACGAGCCGGAAGAAGUAAGUAAGAGUGGUGAAGAGUCGGAUUCACAUAUUAGUACUGCUGCUGUCAGUGUUGCUGUGUGA